AUGAGAGAGGCGGUCACCGAGAUCGGCGACUCCGCCUCCGCCACCGAUCCAACCGCGGGCGGAGGCGCCGGCGGCCGCCAGCAGCAGGCGAUGGGAAGAGUGUGGGCCAUCUCGGAGCGGCCGGUGACCCUGGUCGACAACCCGGAGAUUGGCCGCGUCCGCGCCCUCCUGGCGUUGUCCGGCGCCCCGUCCCCGUCCGAUAAUAACGGCACCACCGCCGCUAACGGCGGCGGCGGCGGCGGCGGCGGCGGCGGCGGCGGCGGCGGCGGCGGCGGCAGCAGGGCCGUAGUCCGCGGCGGGCGCAGUGUCUCCGGAGCUGUUGUGGGGGGCGUGCUGUCGCGCGCAAAGGCGUGGCAGAGGAGCAGCCGCUAUGCGUCGAGACCGGUGGCGCCGUCGCCACCCCUGGUUGCGUCGCCGGGGGGCUCCGCGGGAUUCCCCGGGGGAUUGAACGCGAGGGACGUCGGGGGGAUGGUGCAGCUGCCGGAGCUUGGGGUCCAGCCGUACAGCGACCGGAGGGAGCUGCUUUGUUUGACCGGGGCGGGGCUGCAGGUGUUGACGCGGCUGCGGCCGGUGGACCUGCUGUAUGAUCUGCUGGUCCGGGAUCACGUGGAAGGGGUGAGGGAGUCUUGA